GGGCAGCACCUCAUCUAUUCACAGCAUGCUCUGAGGCACUUUAUUCUACCAGUAAUGUUUUUAUUAGACUCUGUGAAUGCAUCACAUCUGAUUAUCAGCAGUCGGACCAGCUAUAAAGGGAAUGUUUAGGAAAUUUUCAGCUGAUUGAAAUGGGGCUGUUGGAUAAACUAUCAGGCUGGCUCAGCCUGAAGAAGAAAGAAGUCAACGUUUUGUGUUUGGGACUGGAUAACAGCGGAAAAACUACCAUCAUCAACCAGCUCAAGCCUUCAAAUACAAGGGCACAAGAAGUAGUCCCAACAAUUGGCUUUAACAUCGAAAAGUUCAGGAGUUCAAGCUUGUCAUUUACAGUCUUUGAUAUGUCUGGUCAGAGCAGAUACCGGAGCCUCUGGGAGCACUACUACAAGGAAAGCCAUGCAAUCAUAUUUGUUAUCGACAGCAGCGACAAACUGAGAAUGGUUGUUGCUAAAGAGGAGCUGGAUACUCUUCUCAACCAUGAAGAUAUCCACGACAAAAAGAUGCCAGUAUUGUUCUUUGCUAACAAGAUGGACCUGCGGGACGCGCUGUCUUCAGUCAAGGUGUCCCAGAUGCUGCGUUUGGAGAACAUCAAAGACAAACCCUGGCACAUCUGCGCCAGCAACGCCAUCAAAGGAGAAGGUCUACAGGAAGGGCUGGACUGGCUGCAAGAUCAAAUUGCACAAUCACAUCAAAACAAUGAACAAGUGAAGGCGUGACUGCGGACGGACAGUCGGAUGUGAAAACUCUUCAGCCCUCUUCAUUUUAAGUGUUCAUCACUUUUGAUCUUGCAGGCCUUAAGUUUCAGUGUCAAAUAG